UUACAAUUCAGAAUUCAAUUGUUUCAGGGUCGAACACACGUUCGUUCCUCCUGAAAAAUUUGUUCAAAAUUCUCUUCAAAAUUGUUUUUUCCAAAUUUUGUUGUUUUUAAUUUUGGUUGUAAUUGUUUAUCUUAAGAAAAUGUUUAUAAAAUCCGGUUUAUUUCUUGGACGAUGCACAAAAGGCUGCCUUUCCAGCCACAUCUUGCGUCCCAACUUCUUGGUUCGUUCUCAUCAUUUGGCCAAUUUCAAAAAUGCAGGCAUCCAAGACCAACGCCUUGGACGCCGCAUUGAUUCUCCGAAGAAACUGGAAGAUGGCUCCAUCGGAAUUAUCCAUGUUCAGGGACAAGAAUCUGCCAAUCUCGUCAAUCCUAUGCAACGCAGAUUCCUAAACGAUCUGGAGCUUCAGCAGAACCGUUGGUUAAAGGAGGAAAAGAAGAACCAGGACGAUCUCGGAAGCCUAACCAAGCAGAUUACCAUGUCCGCCGGUGCCAAAGAUAAGGGCAAGUCCAAAGGCGGCAAGGGCGAUGACAAAAAGAAGAAAGAAGCUGCUGAAAAGAAAAAGUGCGCUGAAAUGGAACUAAAGCAGAAAUGCGCGGAUGCGGCCAAAAAGGCAGAAGCCGACAAGAAAAAGAAGGAAGAGGAAAAGAAGUGUCAGGAAUUGGCUGAUAAGGAAAUGUGCGCCAAAAUGGCCGGAAUUGAAACGGAUCCCUGCAAGAAAGAAAAAAAGGACAAGAAAGAAGGUAAAAAGAAAAAAGGGUAAUGUCACAGAAGUGCAAGGACUUAGCUGAGAAAGAUAAAUGUAGGAAAUUAGCCCAAGAAGAUGCAAUGAAGAAAGAGAUGGAAAAGUGCAAGGCUAUGGCUCAGAAGGAGAAA